AUCGCAACCCCAAAUUUCCAGAUAGAAAGCGAAUUGGCUGGUAACGGCACCCCAUGUCAUAGCCUGGUUUUCGUUGCGUUUGCUUAUUGAGUGUCGCUGCUUACACAAUGGUGUAUCCAGUAACACCAAUAACCCCGCUGGAAGCAGGUGUGGAGAUGUUCCAGCGAGGUAAACCGCAGUCCGUCUUUAUUCCUGCCAAAGAACGGUCAGCCAGGCCGUUGUCGGAGUGUACCGAAAUCUUCGAUACCGAGGUGGAAGAUGACCAGAGCGCGUUCGAGGAGGACUCGGAGCAAGAGAGCUUUCAAUCAAACGAGGGCCGACGAAGCCAGACCACGAUUUCGACUGUGUCAGAGGUCACAACGCCCCAAUCCGGGCGAAGAAGCGGGUUCAACCUCCAAAUCGAUGUAGUACCAGCUGUGGAAGGCCCAAAAGGUCCUCAUCUCUUCCGAGCAUCGCAAUCCUCAGUCGACUUCACCUUCGACUAUGCGCUGCAAUUGUCGCCCCUGCUUCCGAAAGAAGACCUGCGGUCAGAUUCGGCUCACCGUACACCUGCUACGGUGGUCCCCAGUGCGAACAUGGGACUUUUCUCGCGUAUGAUGGGCAUGGAGAGCGACGGUGACCUUGAAACUUGGCAUGCACAGCAAGUCGGCAUGUGGAUGUAUCGGAUGGGCUUCGAAGACACCAUCAUCGACCGGUUCGAACUUCACGAUAUCACCGGCUCAGUACUCAUGGACUUGAAAUUCGAGGACCUGAAGGAACUCGGCAUCCAGUCUUUCGGCAAGAGGCAUCAGCUCUGGAGCGCCAUUUGCUCGCUACGGGGUGACGACCAAGUGAGCCCCCCAGUGACUCCCAUCGAAGAAGUGGUACAGCGGAAGUCAUUUAAGAACCAGCGAUCGAACAGCCUCCCAGAGGAGAAUACCCGCCCAGCUGAAGGAUGCUUCUCUGAACCACCCACUCCUAUCACUCCUGGCGGACGGAAGAGGCGAGGUCGCAAGCACAGGAAGAACGGACUAGACCCCAUCACACCCGCGGAAUCCGUUUCGAUCGUUGCCAUUGAGCAGCUUAUUCCCAAGCCUCACAACUGCGCCAAGGGCGAGAACUGUCCGAAAUGGAAGAAGCAGCAGAAGCUGUAUGCCAAAUUGCAAGAGGAGCACGGCUUCCCCAUCUCGCCAGAGAAGGGCGGCCGCAUCUUUAUUGCCGGCGACCCUGGCAAUGCUUCAACUGCUCCACGCGUGGUGGAUCACGUCGAGACGCAGCAACCUGCUGAAUUGAGACCAACAUCUGAGGCUGUCCCCUCCGUCGUUGCCUCUUCAGACUUGCUCGGGCCUGGUUUGCUCCCUGAAUUCGCCCUUCAGGAGGAGGCUUUGAGGCAGCUGGAGGAGCGGGAUGCGCAGGAGAACGUGAGGCAUUUCCUCAACCUCCAGCACCUAAAUCCUCCAACGCUCCCAACACCUGUUGUCGAGCACCCUCCGUCCCCGAAGUUCGAUAUGUUCCCUACUAUCCCUCGUCCGGGAUCCGCACAGCCCCUCUCCCAGCUCCAAGCUCUCCCGAAGCUCACCAUCCCACGAGCGCAAAGCGCUAUCCCCGCCUAUCAUGCACUGUCCCCCGACGUACGCCAUAUGGAGCCACCAUCUGCCGUCGACCUGGCUCUCUCGCCUUGCCACACCAUUAUUACCUCUCCCCUCGGCAAACCUCCCAAAGAACUCUACCGUUACGGCACUCCUGCCUCCGAGAUGGAUGUACCCGUAACCGCCGUCCCUGUUGGCCCCGUCUCUCGCGACGUCAGCCAAUCGGUUCCUCCAAAUAUGCAAUUCCGAGAUCCCGUAUCACGGACCGGCUCCCGAGCCGACUGGCGCCGUCCUUCCUUCGCCAUGCCACCGCUUGCCGAAGGAAAGGUCUUCUCCCCCGCCCACGACCAGGAAGACGAAUCGGAGACCGCCACUGUCCGGGAGGACGUGACCGACAUCCAAGAGCUGAGAGACGCCAACGCGGAGCACAUGUCCGCUUAUCCUGGCGUGAACCAUGCUGGCUGGAUGAAGAAGCGCAAGACCAAGCUUCUCCGUCACGAUUGGGAAGACCGCCACGUGCGACUCGCCGGCAACCACCUUGCAAUGCACCCCAACGCUCUACCCGCGUCCAGCCCAUUGGACACCUUAAACAUCGACGACUACGCCGUCGGGUGCUCGUCUAUCGCCUCAAACAAGCUUUCCGCCAAGCUCAAGGCGCUGAAAAUAGCCAAUGGCGGCAAAAAAGAAGAGGGCGCGGCCUUUAGCUUCCAGUUGGUGCCCGCCCCCCGAGAGGGCGAGGAAUACACCAAGCUGCGGAAGGCCGUCGCCGGCGGGAAGACACACCACUUUGCGGUGCGCACCCGCGACGAACGCAUCGAUUGGAUGCGAGAGCUCAUGUUGGCGAAGGCCUUGAAGGCCAAGCGCCAGGGCUACGAAGUUCACAUCAAUGGCAGUGCCAUGUGAAAGCAUUUGAUAUGUUCUAAGUAUUGUUCUAGCGAAGGCAUUGAUUGUUCCUUUCGAAUCCGCAUUUCUUACUUUUAGCAUGGCGAUUUGAUUCAGACGCUGGACAUAGAUACCCUUUUGACGGCAUGGCAUUGGAAUAUGGAUAUCAACACUCAGAAGAUGGAUUUCCCCUCACGUGGGCUGGACUUUUGACAUUUUGUAACGAGCUAUGACUGAACUUACAACACGCUCUUCAGCGA